AUGUUAAAAGCAAUAAGAUUCCAAGUUACUCUAAAAAAUCAUAACAUUUCUAUUUUAAAUCACAUAGCAAGUAACCCGAAUUUAUCUACAACAAAAACUGACACAACCGCGCCAGCAGCAACAACACUGACAACAACAACGCCGACACCAUCAAAAACAACAACAACAACCCAAACAACGACGACAAAGCAAACGACAUUACCACCUGCAUCAGCGACAUCUCCUGCUGUAGCUACUUUGUCCGUGGCUCAUAUAUCUUCAACAAACACUCCACAAAAUCAAACUACUGCAAUUACCGUGGACACCCUCAGCGCAAUCGCACAACAGACUUCCGUUUCUCUCCAAAAUGCGAUUGAGUGUUCUCCUGGGGUCCAUACCUCUCACGAGGCGUUGCUUCUUACAGACUGUUCAGUAACACAAAGUCCAGCGCUAUGGAAACAGGGCUCUAAUGUUAUGUCUGCAUGUAGUUCAAAUGCCAUACCUAACUACACACCGAUUGCUGCCUUCGAUCAUGGCCAGUAUUCAUCGAUAGGGAGUUUGUCUGGAAUAUUUCUAGGUUGCACCGGUGAUGGUUUCAAGGUGGCAGUACAGAUCUGCGGACAAACACCUUUUAUUGCCGAGUUACACCUUGGUGGAAGUAACACACAAAAUCCAAAUAUGUAUUUUACGAUAUCAUAGACACAACACACAGUUUGUUUUACUUGAAAUAAAAUACGAGA